CAAACUGCAUUCCUUGCAGCUGGACUGUCACCGACACUCCAAGCCUCACCGGACCCUCCACGUAUCGCCUGAUCGAUUCCGACAGACAGUACGUGCACCCGCCAGGCCCUGGAUCUGUCAGAUUAAGGACGAUAUCAGAAAAUUUUGGAGCUAGCUUCGCACUACUUAAGGCCAUUGCUUCUAACGAGCGUCGUAUAUAACCAUUGAGAGGGCCAAGAACCACACCAGCUCAGGUCUCAUCACAUCAACUCUACAACAAUGGCACCUAACCACAAGACUGUCACCUCCAUCCCCAAGGAUGCCGAGUACGAUUUCGUUAUCGUAGGCGGCGGCACAGCAGGCUGUGUUAUCGCCUCCCGUCUUACUGAGUACCUACCCAACAAGAAGGUCCUCUUGAUUGAGGCCGGACCUAGUGACUUCAAGGAUGACCGUGUCCUCCUCCUGAAGGACUGGUUGAACCUUCUUGGUGGUGAGCUCGACUACGACUACGGCACCACUGAGCAGCCCAAUGGCAACUCACACAUCCGCCACUCCCGCGCUAAGGUUUUGGGAGGCUGCUCAUCACACAACACCCUCAUCUCUUUCCGACCAUUCGAGUAUGACUGCAAGAGAUGGGAAGAGCAAGGCUGUGUUGGUUGGAGCUUCAAGACUUUCAUGCGUGUUCUUGACAACCUCCGCAACACCGUUCAGCCCGUCCACAAGAGGCAUCGCAACCAGCUUUGCCUUGACUGGAUUGACUCCUGCUCCAAGGCCAUGGACAUUCCCAUCAUUGAGGACUUCAACCACGAGAUCAAGACCACUGGUGCUUUGAAGCCCUCUGUUGGCUUCUUCAACGUCUCCUACAACCCGGACACUGGCCACCGCUCUAGCGCUAGUGUAGCGUACAUCCACCCCAUCCUUAACGGUUCAGAGAAGAGGGAGAAUUUGACAGUUCUUACCAACGCCUGGGUUAGCAAGGUCAACGUCCAGGGCAACAAGGUCACUGGUGUCAACGUCACAUUCCAGGACGGCUCAAGGCGGACACUGAACCCCAAGGCUGAGACCAUCCUCUGCGCUGGCGCAGUCGACACUCCCCGUCUUAUGCUUCUUUCUGGUCUCGGUCCCAAGCAGCAGCUUGGCGAGCUCGGUAUCCCUGUCGUCAAGGACAUCCCCGGUGUUGGCGAGAACCUGCUUGACCACCCCGAAAGUAUCAUUCUGUGGGAGCUGAACAAGCCUGUUCCUCAGAAUAUGACCACCAUGGACUCUGACGCUGGUAUCUUCCUCCGCCGCGAGGUUGCCAACGCUGCAGGCUCUGACGGCGAGAUCGCCGAUGUCAUGAUGCACUGCUACCAGAUUCCCUUCUGCCUGAACACCACAAGGCUUGGCUACGACUCUCCUAUCGAUGCCUUCUGCAUGACACCCAACAUUCCCCGCCCCCGCUCCCGUGGCCGCAUCUACCUCACCUCAUCUGACCCCAACGUCAAGCCUGCUCUGGACUUCCGUUACUUCACUGACCCUGAGGGCUACGACGCCGCCACUAUCGUCGCUGGUCUCAAGGCAGCCCGUGAGAUCGCCAAGCAGGCACCCUUCAAGGACUGGAUCAAGCGCGAGGUCGCCCCCGGCCCUAAGCUACAGACCGACGAGGAGCUUUCUGAGUACGGUCGCCGCGUCGCCCACACUGUGUACCACCCUGCCGGUACUACCAAGAUGGGUGAUGUAAAGAAGGACGAGUACGCCGUUGUUGACCCCGAGCUGAAGAUCCGCGGUCUCCAGAACGUGCGUAUCGCCGAUGCCGGUGUCUUCCCCGAGAUGCCUACAAUCAACCCCAUGUUGACUGUUCUUGGUAUUGGUGAGCGCGCUGCUGAGCUCAUUGCUGCUGAGCACGGCUGGAAGGGUCUGCAGAAGGAGAGGUUGUAAGCUUUGACGAGAGAAUCGAUGAGAGAACAUCAAAUGAACGAUCAGAUAUAGA